AUGACAUCGGUGGCAACGGCAGAGGACACGUUGAUUUUUGAGCCAUCAACUCCGAUUCGGGAAUGGGCCGUGUCAACUACAGCGGCAUGGACGAAGGAGGUGAAGACAGAAAUGAAGCUACAGCGUCGUCGCGCAUGUAUCGCUCGUUGUCGGGAGAAAACGAAGUCCAAACUGCAGCAGAUGCGCCGAGACCGAAACUGGCUGGAACAAGAAGUGAAGCAGUAUCUUGCAGCUCUGAGCGACGACACCAACAGAGACGGAGAGGCCAACGCCUCCAACACGAGAAGUGAAUUGUGUCGCCUUGCGCACGAGAGCGACACUUUACGGAGGGAGGCUGCUUCUCUCCGUAAGAAACUCCAGCAGUUCGAUCGCUUCUAUUCCCUCGUUCGAACAGACGCGCUUAUCGUUGGACUACUCCAUGAAGAUCCUUCUCACCACCUCACGGUUCGCGAAGCGAGUAAGACCUCCAAGUGGGUAUUGAGCCCGAACAGCGGCGAGUUUGGCUGGCAGGUCUGCUUCCCGAGCGGAGAACCAUCGUUCUACUUCCAUCCUUUCACACGCGCAGAGUUCGAAGAUAUACUCCAGCUGUGCGACGAGACGCUUGCAGCAGACCCACCGCAUAUCGAAGUCGCUGGCUCACUGUUAGGCUGGACAGUUCACCGAGCGUCACUCACACGAAGAGUCGAAGAUGGCUCGAUCAUCUCCCACGCGAGGUUUACGACGCGUGUAGCCUGCUCGCUGGAAGAACUGGACUCCGUGAUCAUCUCGUCCAGUCUCGAUUCAUGGCCGCUAAUAUGGACACCACCGAGCUGGGGAUACAAGGAGCGCAAGCAAGUAUGUUGUCAGGUGUUGCAAGAGUUCGAAACGGAUGCGUACGUCCUUGUCCACGACAUCCCUGGGCCCAUACGCUCCCGUUACAUCAGUUUAGCACGACGACUACCCAGACAAGACAGCGGGAAGCGGUCUAUCACGUACGUUAUGGUGAUCGCGGAUUCGGAAGCCAAGUCGAAAAAGUGCACUACAGACGAGGAGAAUGGUAAUGUUAAGUGGAUCAAUGAAGGUGGCAGCUACAUCAAAUUCACGGAAGUGAACUCAAACUUAAUCGAUGUGCGCUACGACCGCUGGGCCAGUUGCCAAGAUGAGCUCCACGCGCAGCAUCUUUUCGUCCGUUGGGCUGAGUUUGCGAACGAGUGGGCGCAGAGGAUGGUUCAUUGGAAGUUGCUCAGAUUUAACCACCAAAAGUAA